AUGAGUUUCCUCAAAGACGUCAAGAGUUCCGCCUACCACGCCCGUUUCCAGACUCCCUUCAGAAGAAGAAGAGAAGGUAAGACUGACUACUACCAGCGUAAGCGUCUAGUGGCUCAGCACAAGGCCAAGUACAGCUCUCCUAAGUACAGACUUGUGGUUCGUUUCACCAACAAGGACAUCAUCUGCCAGAUUGUGUCCUCGACCAUCACUGGUGACAUUGUGUUGGCUGCUGCCUACUCUCACGAACUACCUCGUUACGGUAUCACCCAUGGUCUAACCAACUGGUCCGCUGCUUACGCCACCGGUUUGUUGAUCGCCAGAAGAGUGCUACAAAAGCUUGGCCUAGACGAGACCUACCCAGGUGUCGAAGAGGUUGAAGGUGAGUACCAAUUGACCGAGGCUGUUGAAGACGGUCCUCGUCCAUUCAAGGUCUUCCUAGACAUCGGUUUGCAGAGAACCACCACUGGUGCUCGUGUCUUCGGUGCUUUGAAGGGUGCCUCUGACGGUGGCUUGUACGUUCCUCACUCCGAGAGCAGAUUCCCAGGUUGGGACUUUGAAUCCGAGGAGGUUGACGCUGACAUGCUAAGAACCUACAUCUUCGGUGGUCACGUUUCUCAAUACAUGGAGGAAUUGGCUGACGACGAUGAAGAACGUUUCAGAGAAUUGUUCAAGGGUUACUUGGCCGAUGACAUCGACGCUGACAGCGUUGAGGACAUCUACAUGGAAGCCCACGAGAAAAUCCGUGAGGACCCAUCUUUCAAGCCAACUGAGAAGAAGUUCACCAAGGAACAAUACGCUGCCGAGUCCAAGAAGUACAGACAAGUCAAGUUGACCAAGGAACAGAGAAAGGAACGUGUUGCUGCCAAGAUCGCCGCUUUGGCCCAGUAA